CACUCCUUUCUUCUUCGUCUUCUUCAUUCUCACCUUUUUCUCUCUCCUCUCUCCCGCUUGUUUUCCGAGAAAAAAAGUGCGAGAAAAUUUCGUAAGAUUCUAGAAGAAGAAGAAGAAGAAGAAGAAGAAGCUUCAAUGGCGUCGUCUUCUCAGAAAGUGAUCAGUGUGUGCUUCGCCGUGUUCGUCGUCUUGGCUCUAACGGUGACGAUUCUCCGGUACAAUUCUAGGAAGCUGAAAACAGAGGAGUUACAGAGCUUAAGCAGCUCAACAAUGGCGGCGAUAAGAAAGCUGAAAACAGAGGAGGUUCAGAGCUCAAACAGCUCAACAAUGGCGGCGACAAGGGUUGGAGGUGAAGAACAACAACAACACGCGGUUGCUGUUGAUCCAGAGAAGGGUGCUGAUGAAGUCGCUAAGCUUGUUCAGAUGAGUGAACAGAACAGGACAGCAAGGAGGAAGCUAGGAUUCUUCUCCUGUGGAACUGGUAAUCCAAUUGAUGACUGCUGGCGUUGUGACCCUAACUGGCACAAGAACCGUAAACGCCUCGCGGAUUGUGGGAUCGGUUUUGGAAGGAACGCAAUUGGUGGUCGUGAUGGACGCUUCUACGUUGUUACUGACCCCACUGAUGAAGACGUUGUUAACCCCAAACCGGGAACUCUACGCCAUGCUGUCAUCCAGGAGGAGCCUCUUUGGAUCGUGUUCAAGAGGGAUAUGGUGAUAGAGCUGAAACAGGAGCUGAUCAUGAACAGUUUCAAGACCAUUGAUGGCCGUGGUGCCAACGUUCAUAUAGCCAAUGGUGCUUGCAUCACCAUCCAGUUUAUCACCAAUGUCAUCAUUCAUGGUCUUCACAUUCAUGAUUGCAAGCCUACUGGAAAUGCAAUGGUUAGAAGCUCCCCAUCUCACUUUGGUUGGAGGACAAUGGCUGAUGGUGAUGCAGUCUCCAUUUUUGGAUCAUCUCAUAUCUGGAUUGAUCAUAACUCUCUCUCUCACUGUGCUGAUGGCCUUGUUGAUGCUGUCAUGGGGUCUACUGCUAUCACUGUUUCCAAUAACCACUUUACCCACCACAAUGAGGUGAUGUUGCUUGGUCACAGUGACUCGUACACAAAAGACAAGCUGAUGCAAGUGACCAUUGCUUACAACCAUUUCGGUGAAGGACUGGUUCAGAGAAUGCCAAGGUGCAGGCAUGGGUAUUUCCAUGUGGUUAACAACGACUACACUCACUGGGAGAUGUACGCCAUCGGUGGGAGUGCAGAACCAACCAUCAACAGUCAAGGAAACAGAUAUGCUGCUCCCAUGGACCGCUUCGCCAAGGAGGUGACGAAAAGAGUGGAGACAGAUGCAAGUGAGUGGAAGAAGUGGAAUUGGAGGUCGGAAGGAGACCUUCUACUGAAUGGAGCAUACUUCAGGUCAUCAGGAGAAGAAGCGUCUGCUAGCUAUGGACGAGCCUCAAGCUUAGCAGCUAAACCAUCAUCUAUGGUCGACACUAUUACCUCUACUGCAGGAGCACUAGGUUGCCGUAAGGGCAGACCUUGCUAGUUGCUACUUCUCUCUCGCUCUCUCUAUACCACCAUCAUAGCAACUAACCCAAAACCCUUUCAAAUAUCUUUGGAAGGUGCAUAUAUAGUACUACUCUUUUCUGUUUCCCUCUUAGGACGGUCAUUUCCCGUUUUCUUUCGGAUGGUAGGAAUUGGUCAACCUCGGCUUGCUUCUUCGUCGUCUUCUUAAAAAAGGUGGGAAUGCAGAGAGAAGCAAGCGCAGAAGCGUUGUUCAAAAAGUCUCCUUCUAGUUUACAAAUCUCUUAUUGUCUUAGGUGUGGCUUUUGUUUUUGGGGUUGUUCAGGUCCUUUGGUUUUAAUGGAUCUCCCCUGAGUUCUAGAGUCUCUUUUGGGGUGUUUUUUUUGUUCUCAUUCCCUUUAAAGUUAGUGACAGUAGUUACAAAAAUUGUUACAAGACGAUUGAAAACCUUUUGGUUUGAUUACAACUUCCAUUGGCUUUUAUGUU